AUGCGUUCGCGAUUCUUCCUUCCCAAAUUCAAUUAUAAACGUUCAUUUACGGGUUUCGCAAGAUAUUUGAGCGAUUCCUCGUCUAAAAUCUCCAAUGACUCAAUCCGCGGUACAUUUUAUAUGGAGGCCUACGGUUGUCAGAUGAAUUUUAGCGAUUCUGAGGUUGCUCAUUCCAUUCUCCAAAAUGCCCGUUUCAAGAAGGUCUCUGAUUUUCGUGAUGCUGAUACAGUACUUCUUCUUACAUGCGCUGUGCGUGAAGGUGCGGAAGAGAAAAUCUGGCGUCGAAUGAGAUAUUUGCGUUCAACACCCCGUAAGAAAGAUCACCCGGAUUUACGCAUUGGUAUUCUCGGUUGUAUGGCUGAGAGACUAAAAGAGAAACUCAUUGAAGGUCGAUUUAUUCAAGACCGAGAGGUGUCUGCAGAUUUCGUCUGUGGACCUGAUGCUUAUCGAGAUCUUCCUCUUUUAAUCGAGGAUGUUCAUGAAAGGGGAAUUAAGGGAGCCUCACUUGCUUUGUCACUUGAAGAGACCUAUGCAGACAUCAAGCCAAUUCGUCAUAUGGGUCCCUCAGCUUUUAUUUCAGUUAUGAGAGGCUGUGAUAAUAUGUGUUCCUUCUGUAUAGUUCCUUUUGUUCGUGGACGCGAACGAAGUCGGCCAUUGAAAUCCAUCAUUGAUGAGAUUCAACAAUUGUCCUCAGAAGGAGUUAAGGAAAUAACUCUGCUCGGUCAGAAUGUAAACAGCUAUCGAGACAUCUCAGCAGGAGUUGAUCCUAUCGAUUGCACUAUCGAUACUCUCGCUCCAGGAUUCAAAACAAUUUAUCGACAAAAAGUUGGUGGUUAUCGGUUUAUCAAUCUUCUUGAUGCUGCUAGUUCAGUAGAUCCGAAUAUGCGAAUCAGGUUUACAUCUCCUCAUCCAAAAGAUUUCAACACUAAUGUCCUUCAGUUGAUUGCAGAAAGACCAAAUAUUUGCUCGCAGUUGCAUCUACCUGCUCAAUCAGGUAGUUCUGUGGUUCUUGAAAGAAUGCGAAGGGGUUAUACGCGAGAAGCCUACUUGGAGUUGGUUGAACAAGCAAAAUCUAUAAUCCCAAACAUUGCCAUUUCAUCGGACUUUAUUGCUGGAUUUUGCGGUGAAACUGACGAAGAUCAUUAUCAGACCCUUUCGUUGAUUAAUCAUGUUUCCUAUGCCUAUGGAUUUUGCUUUCCAUUUAGUCUCAGAAGCAAAACUCGUGCUUUUCAUCGAUUGGUGGAUGACAUUCCCCAAGAAAUUAAAUCUACCAGACAUGAGGAGCUGAAACAUGCUUUGCGGACGUCUGCUUAUCAAUUUAAUAGGGGCUUGAUUGGUACAACCCAGCUCGCUCUUGUUGAAUCGGUUAGUAAAAGAUCGGCUUCUGAGUUGGCAGGUCGUGUUGAUGGAGGUGUUAAGGCGAUUUUCCCGAAAUUUCUUCCAGAUUCAUCUGAAAUACAAAUUGGAGACUAUGUUGCUCUGAGGAUUGAGUCGUGUACUUCACAAACACUUCGAGCAAUUCCGCUCAGAAAGACCAAUGUUGUGGAAUUCUACGGUGAAAGUCAACGCCAUCACAAUAUUAGUGCUCUGUAG